CUGUGCCAGCAAUCGGGCCACCCAGCGAACUACCGCGGGUGUCCGAAAGCCCCGCGCAGGGCAAAGCGAGGAGGGAAAAAAUCCGCUCGCCACCAAAGAGCUCCUCAAGCUCCUGCCACUCAGGCCCCUCAGGCCCCUCAGGCCCCUCAGGCCCCUAAAACACAUAAGGCCCCUCAGGCCCCCCAGGCACCGACGGUCAAUGCCUGGUUUAGGAGUAAACCCGCCGGAACAACUGUCGCCACGUCGCCGGCUGCGCCCGUACCUCCAACCGCGCAAGACAGCGGGGUCUCCAACCCCCUGCCUUCAAUCACCAAGUACUUCGGGGCGUUCGAUCCGCCCGAAUUACUCAUAUUUGCGAACAAGCUCAAGGCUUGUGAAAAUGACGACAAAGCUCGUCUAGACGCGUUUUUAGAGCACGCAGUCAUGAUUAACGCUAUCUAUAACAUCACAAGAUCAACAUAA